UCAGGAGCGAGCGUUAGUAAACAGUGUAUAUACCCUCCACGCUUAUCCCCCGGCCUCGCUCUGUCUCCUCCUGGUCUCCUGCACGCCGCUCGUUACUACGCUGCCCCAGGCGCACCCCCCGCUUCCAUCCCCGAACAUAGCGCCCGAAUCGCGCUCCGCCACACCCACUUGUCAAUUUCUGGACCCGUGCCGCCUUCUGCCCGAGCGCACUAGCCACAGCCCACCCGCACCAUGUCGCGGACGGUAAACCUGGUCGUCAUCGGGGACAUUAUAUGCCCCUGGUGCUACAUUGGCGAGAAGGAGAUGGAGAACGCCCUCGAGGCGGUCCGGGAUCUGCCCAUAACCAUCAAGAUCGAGCACCGGCCAUACCAGCUCCAGCCCUCCCUGCCCGAGGACCAGGCGCUGGUCAAGCGGGAGUGGUACCUCAACCGCUUCGGCAAGGAGAAGUUCGAGUCGAUCCAGCAGAUGAUCACCCUCCGCGGGCAGCAGCUGGGCCUAACUAUCAAUUACGGCGGCACGAUUACGCAGACGGUCCGCGCACACCGAUUAAGUCUCAAGGCACUUAAAGUCGGUGCACAAACGAUGCAGCAAACCUUUCUGCGGGCGAUCAACAAAGCGUACUUCGAAGAGAACCGGAAUAUCGGUGACGCUGACGUCCUCAGCGACCUCGCGCAGGCGAGUGGGAUCAUGUCGAAAGACGAGGCGGUGAAGUUCCUGGAGUCGGAUGAGUGCAGGGAAGAGGUGGUGAACAUGAUGGCGGAGGCCCGCAAAAAGGGCGUCACGGGCGUGCCCUUUACGAUCAUCGACGGGCGGUGGGCCGUCAUCGGUGGGCAGACCGCGGAGGUCUACAUCCAGAUAUUCAAGAAACUCGCACAGACGGAGAAAGUAGUACCUAAUUGUGGUGUUCAGUCAGGACCUGUGUGCUCAGAUACGUGAUUUGCCUGCAGGAACUCCCGUGAUCACAUCGACGUCGCGCGUUGGGUUGGGGUAGAGGAUAUACGGCGGAUUGAUUCCAUCCAUGCAGUGCCACACUAGAUGGGGAGGUCGGGACGAGCGAGCGAGUGAGGGAACAGUUUUUCGCGGCAGGGUCUGGAUGUUGUGUUACUAGGUAUCUGUUCUACUAGUCUUUAUUUACCGUUCUGCGUUCGUAUUCUACUCCUUGCUCCGCGAUGGCGUGCCUUCCAAGCGUUCUCAGUAAUCGGCACAGCACCAAUGACGAUGAUGAUCUCUGUA